AGAUAAGUCACCAUUGGAUAUUAACCUUCACUAUAUUAAAUAAGAAAAUGAAAGUUUGUAAUGUUACUAGUUUUUUCUCAUUCAAACGGAUUAUAUCGUUAGCAAUUGCCCUAACAAAAUGAAAGGUGUCUUUCCCCACCAGUGGAAAAGUAUCUCUGGCCUUGAUGAAAAAGAGCAAAGGCUACUAAGUUGUAAACAUAAAGACGUCAUCUGCAUAUUGAAGGUACAUAGAGGACGACGGACUACUUUACUCGUCCUGGACAUUUGGAGAGAUUUACAUUUAUAAUUAUACGAUAUGUGAAUGAUUAUAUUGUGUCAAUAAUAGCGAAAUUAAACGGAUUCAAUAUAUAUACUCCAGUCUGUAAAAUAGUUACGAGGUUAUAAAAACAAAACAGACUGUAAGUCCUAAAAGCAGUUAUAAAAAUUUAUCUUAAAGUUAAAAUUUAUGUGUAGAAAUCGAGUUGAAUCAUUAAAAAUCAAUUUCGAUACCUUUCGACGAAAUCGAGGCUUUGAUGCAUAUUCGUGGUACGAGAAACACUUAUGUCAUCUUCGCAGACGACAUCAAAUCAGCAGGCGUCAUCAAAUAAGCAGACGUCGUCAAAUCAUUCUACUUUUGUUGCUCAACAAACCACACAUGAUCACCAGACCCAAUCUGAGAACGAGCUUUCACAUGAAGAGCAGACGACACCAAAUGGAGAGACGCUACCAGAGCAGCAGACGUCAUCUGAGCAGCACGCGACAUUUGAGCAGCACGCGACAUUUGUGCAGCAGUCAUCUGUGCAGCAGACGUUAUCCGAGCAACACAUCACAUCUGAACAGCAGACAUCAUGUGUGCAGCAGACUUCAUCUGAGCAACAGACCACAACACUUUCGUCAAACACAACAUAUAGUUUUGAACCUAUGAUGACAGUUAUUAACAAAAUAGCAGACGGACAACGAGUUCCGCCACAGACUACUAUGAAAUAUGAAAUGUUAAGGUUUUGCACCCUUCGAUCUUUCCCAAAGGGGAACAAACCUUAUAUUACCAGAUUGGCUGGUGCAGGAUUUUAUUACGCAAACGAAGGAGAUGAAGUCGUCUGCUAUUGUUGCGCGCGCCGUAGGAGAAAUUGGACAGAAUUCGAAAAUCCUAUCGAAGUACAUAGAGAAUUAAAUCCAAACUGCAGUUUCCUCACUCGUAAUUCUGAAGUAAAUGUCUCAGUAAGACAAAGUAUUGAAAGUUCUUCAGCAGAAUCUCACUCAAACCUGUCAACAAUUAAAAGAGGCCAGUCUAACUCUAAUUUUCGUAAUGAAUUAACGGAAGUGAAUGUGUCGUCUGCAGUUGAGACUGGUUCACAAAUUCAAACGAAUGAAAACUCGGAACAUUCAUCUUUUGCAAGCAAUGCGAUUUCAUCAAGAGGAGGGAAUCAGUCUAUUUCACUACUUCCUAUUGAUGUACCGCAAACUACUACCGAGAACCAGUCUUCAAAUAAUUCUACAGGAAGCGUAUCUUCGUCUGUGGCCCCAAAACACCCCAAUUAUAUCAGCCAAUCAGCACGGUUGUCGAGCUACAGCGAUUGUGGGGACAUCGUCAUAGCACCAGACCGCCUGGCACAGGCCGGCUUCUUCUACUCCGGUUUUGGAGAUUGUGUCAGGUGUUUCCAAUGUGGAGUCGGAUUACGUCAUUGGUCGGAGGAAGAUGAUCCAUGGAUAGAACAUAGCAGAUGGUCAAAUGAAUGUUCAUACGUACGGCAAAUUAGAGGAAGAGAGUUCGUGAAUAUCGUGCAAAUGGCUGUACAGUAUUCACAAAACCAAACCGGAAAUGAAUCAAUUUCAACACAAGGAACUGAAGGCAU